CCCCCCCCCGCCCCCCCCUCCACCACCAUGGACCAGCAGCGAGACAAAUACGGCGAGCGGCCGGCCAGGAGCACCAAGGUGUCCCAGGGCGGCCGCAGCGGGCACUCCUCCAGACCCUCCGGGUCCUCGGGGUCCUCCGGGGUCCUCAUGGUGGGGCCCAACUUCCGCGUGGGGAAGAAGAUCGGCUGCGGGAACUUUGGCGAACUGAAACUGGGUAAAAACCUCUACACCAAUGAGUAUGUAGCUAUCAAAUUGGAACCGGUGAAGUCGAGGGCCCCACAGCUGCAUUUAGAGUACCGGUUCUACAAAACUCUAGGAACAACAGCAGAGGGCGUGCCCCAGGUGUUUUACUUCGGGCCCUGUGGGAAAUACAACGCCAUGGUUCUGGAGCUGCUGGGCCCCAGUCUAGAGGACCUGUUUGACCUUUGUGACAGGACCUUUUCCCUGAAGACUGUCCUAAUGAUAGCCAUUCAGCUGAUUUCUCGGAUGGAGUACGUGCACUCUAAAAAUCUCAUCUACAGAGAUGUCAAACCUGAAAACUUUCUGAUUGGGCGGCAAGGCAAUAAAAAGGAACACAUCAUCCACAUCAUCGACUUCGGCCUGGCCAAAGAGUACAUCGACCCCGAGACCAAAAAACACAUUCCGUACCGGGAGCACAAGAGCCUGACCGGUACCGCCAGAUACAUGUCCAUCAACACGCACUUAGGAAAAGAGCAAAGCCGGCGAGAUGACCUGGAGGCUUUAGGCCAUAUGUUUAUGUAUUUCCUCCGUGGGAGUCUGCCUUGGCAAGGACUAAAGGCUGACACACUGAAGGAAAGAUACCAGAAGAUCGGAGACACAAAACGAAACACUCCCAUCGAGGUUCUUUGUGAGAACUUCCCAGAGGAAAUGGCCACAUACUUGCGGUAUGUGAGACGGUUGGACUUCUUUGAGAAGCCCGACUAUGAGUACCUGAGGACGCUGUUCACAGAACUGUUUGAGAGGAAAGGGUACACCUUCGACUACACCUACGACUGGGUUGGCAGGCAGAUAAGCCACGCCCACAGGGACCGGCCCUCCCAGCACCCGCCCGUCAGGAACCAGACAGCGGUCUCAGAUCGACGAGGAGCAUGGGAGGUGCAGCCCACUCGACAAGCAAACUCCUCCUAUCUGACCUCCCACCUGGCAGCGGACAGGCACGGGGGCUCAGUGCAGGUGGUCAGCUCGACCAAUGGGGAGCUGAACGCCGACGACCCUCUGGCCCACUCCAACGCGCCCAUCACGGCUCAGGCCGAGGUGGAGGUGGUCGACGAGGCAAAGUACGUGCUGCUGUUUUUUCAAGCGAAAACGGAAGAAGAACACGCCGAGGCACAAAUGAUGACUCAGCGCCGGACUGAUCCGUUCCACGCUUUGGUUGUGACUUCACAAAUCCAGAAGGUCCCACCGGGAACGCCGGGGGGGAGUCCACGGAAAGAUCAUAUUCCACAUGUUUUCUGCUGAUCUCUGACCAGUUUAAAAAAAGAAAAAAGGAGAAAAAAAAAGCUUUGUCGAGGUGUAAGACGCCUGCGUCUCUUGAUGGCUGUCUCUUUUUUUUUUAAGUUUCCUCCCCCCCCCUCUGCUACACAGUUUGUGGGGCAGUCGGCCACACAGGGAAGCAUUUCGGUGGAUUCUCGCAGAGGAUUAUCUUCUUUUUUUUGUAAUUUAUUGAUUUUUUUAAGCAUUAAGAUUUUUUGGGUCUUGUCAUUUUUUGGCAUAUUUUGGCUCUGGUGUCUGUUCCGUGUUUUUCUUUUUGUUUUUUUUUCCCCCCAAAAAAGACAAACGCCCUCCUGUGGAGUCUCGUACCGUUUUGUUUUCUUCUCUUUACUCCACCUCCAUGGAGCCACGUCUCCGGCCCCCCCUCGGUUUGCUGACUCGGGCCUUUUUUUUUUGUUUUUUCCUUUUUUAUCGUGACGGUUCCUGAUGCAGGACUGAAUGUAAACCUGAGCACGCGGGGAGCCUGAACACUGCACUUUCUCCCCCCCCAAAAAGAGGUCAGAGGACAGAGGGCCAGGCCCCUCCUGCACCGGUGCUCUCCGGGGAGGAUUUCGCUCCACUUAAAACCACAGCGCCGCCCAGAACACACUACAGUCCGGCGCCGUUCUGCCGCCGUCGCCGUGACGACGGGCGGAAACCUGCCGUUCGUAAGCUGGGCCGGGGGAAAAAACAAAACAAAAACAACAAAAUGCUAUUUAUGCUAUUUAUCUCUCAGUUGCCACUAGUUUUUCCUACUACUUCUUUAACAUACACACUGAAUGUAUGGACGGAAAAAAGUAAACGACUUUUGGAGAGCUUGCAGUUAUCUAUCAUGUGCAUGGGAAGGAAAAUUACAGCUAACGAAAAGGAAAACGACCAGACCAAAACCAAGGCGGGCUUUUCUGGGUCGGGAGGCUCCCACAAGUCUUAAUAGGGUCUUAAUAGGUGAUUGGUCUGCCCCGGUUGGGAUUGGGGGGGUGGUGGGGGGGGGGGGGGGGUUUGGUGUGAUACUCUUGGAAGGAUCGCAGCCACUAAUGACACCUCUGUCCGAUGCCUUAACCCCUCUGAGGACGUCCCGCGUGGGAAGGUGUCCCUGUGAAGGCAACUGGAGGAUUUGGUGCAUUUGGGAUGUUCCUGCCCCCCCCACACACACAUG